UUGAGCUGCUCUUGUAUAAGACGAUUUGAAUUAACCAUGAGAGCUGGACGCCAAUUUUCAUCUUUCUGUUCCAAAGUGCAAUUGUUAAGUGUUCGUUUCGUUAUCAUAUUGAUACUAAGUCUCUUCGUUAUUUACCAAAAAGUUAUCUUUCGUGAUGGCCAGCAACUAGAAAAAUUCGCCAACAAGUACGAAUUGGCGUUGAAAUAUGAGCAGGAUACAUUGUCGGAUGUUGACCCACCUUUCAAACAAAUUCUAUUCUGGAAUGACUAUUGGGGUAUCCCGGAUUUCCGGCUCGGAGUCGGCCGCGACGCCUUCCGCAAAUGGGGCUGUCCCGUCUGGCAGUGCGAAACUUCGACCAAUCGAACGAACGUCCACGACUACGACGCGGUCAUCUUCCACAUGCGAGGCAGUUGGAAUCCCAACGACUUGCCCAAACGACGAACACCUCAGCAACGCUACGUUUUCUGGAUUUUAGAAUCCGCUGGAUGGCCGGAAUACUUGAACACGAGUACACUGGGUAAUUUCUUCAACUGGACUUUGACUUAUCGAUGGGACUCGGACAUGGUCAUGCCAUACGGUUACGUCAGACCCACUGGGAACGUCCCACUUCAUCCGAGUGAGAACCAAUUGAAGCAAUUUAUGUCCGAUCAGAAAGUGAAUUAUGCGGUCGGGAAGACAAAAAUGGCCGCUUGGUUUGUCUCUAAUUGCGUUGCAAAAAGCAGCAGAAAUGAGAUGGUCAAAAUUCUCCAGAAAUACAUUCAAAUCGACGUUUACGGCGUUUGUGGAAAUUUGACGUGUCCGAAGGAGGUGGGCGUUGAUAACUCGAGCGAAGACUGUCGAAACAUGGCAGGCGAAAAUUACAAAUUCUACAUGGCACUGGAGAAUUCGUUAUGUCACGAGUAUAUCAGUGAAAAAUUUUUCGGGAUGCUUCAUCGUCCGGUGAUCCCGGUCGUCUUCGGCCUUCACGAUCACUACGACAAAAUUGCGCCAUCGCAUUCCUACAUCAACGCGGCAAAAUUUGAAAAUAUGAGGCAACUGGCCGAUUACCUGAUCCUCCUCGACCGGAACGACACGCUGUAUAACGAGUACUUUUGGUGGAAGCCUCACUUUGAAUCUCGGUACAAACAAAAGGACGUCAACAUCGGCAUGUGUCACCUGUGCGCCUCUUUACACAACAAGGACAUGCCACCGAAAGUUUAUCCGAACAUGACCCAAUGGUGGGAUGAGCAAUCGUCCUGCAUCAAUUCACCUCCAAUUUUAUGAUGUGUCCUAAUUGGUCUGAGCAAAUUUAAAAGAAGACUAACAAAGAAUAAAGAUUUAUUUGAUAUUUGA